UUUCGACCACAAGUAAACCGUCCUUGUUUGUUCAUGUUCCUGCCCUUGGCCUUGGGUAUUUCAGCCUGGCCAGCCUUUGUCAACACCACUACCAUCACAAUGUUUGCCAACUAGUAUUGACUGUCUUGCCCCAAAUCAAGGACUAAACCAAGCACCUACCCGUGGAGAAGUAGCGUAUUGCUUGCGCCUCGUACAAGUUCUGUAGUCAUCUGGUAGUUGAGGACUUCCGGAAGCCGAACUGAGACCACCGAGUCCUGAGAGCAUAGCAAUGUGGUCAUCUAUUCGAGCAUUGCUGUCCUUGGCGUGGCAAGAGCAUUUCAAGCGAGCCACCGUAACACUGUUCAUCCUAUGUUUCUUCUGCGGACACGUCGUACCUACAGGAGUACUGUUAGUUCUGUUGGUAACACCACUGGCACCUAUUGUUGUCAUCUAUUUCUCAUGGAUUCUAGUAUUUGACUGGAAGUCACCUUCAAUGAGCUGGCUAUGGCCCGUAUCAGUCAGGAGAAGCAACUAUCUCAGGAAUGCUCGCUUCUUCCACUUCUUCCGCGACUUCUUCCCAGUGAAGCUGGUGAAAACAGCAGAACUGGACCCAAGCAGGAACUACGUGUUUGCGUAUCAUCCGCAUGGAGUGUUUGCAGUGGGUGUGUUUGCGAACUUCGCAACAGAAGCUACAGGCUUCAGUGCUACAUUUCCAGGCAUCACCGUAUGGCCGAUGACCGUGCCGAUCGUCUUCUCUGCACCAGUGCUCAGAGAGUGGCUAAUGUUGCUGGGUGCCCGUAGUGUCACAACGUCAGGUUGCAGAGGAAUCUUGGCAAGUGGGCCUGGCAACGCUGUUGCCAUAGUGCCGGGCGGAACACGUGAGAUACUGGAAGCACGACCGAAAGAGUCCAAACUGGCCAUUCGUAAGCGUAAAGGAUUCAUCCGGAUAGCCCUGGAGACCGGGUCCCCGGUAGUGCCCGUGUAUGGGUUUGGAGAAAAUGAUCUCUUUGACCAGCCCAAGAGCAAGUAUAUUCUAUCAUUCCAGCGCUACUGCACCGAGAGGUUUGGUCUUAGUCUGCCAUUCUUCCAAGGCAAUGAACUUGCCAGAAUGUUGCCACAUCGUCGUCCUGUCACUACUGUUGUUGGUGAACCAAUGGUAGUUCCACAGGUUGAGAAGCCCACUGCGGAAAUAGUUGACCAUUGGCACGCAAUGUACCUUGAAAAAUUGUCCAACCUCUUUGACAUGCACAAGGAAAAGUACGGCUAUGAACCUGAAAAGAAACUGGAGUUUAUAUAGCUGGACGUUGAGUGAACAUGAUCCGUAUGGAUCACAGAACCUUUUUACUACUUUAGACCAUCAACAUGACCUGUGAAUCACCUAGACCAUUACUAUCAACGUUUCAAUCCAAUUUUCAAAUGUGACAUCAGACCAGCAUUCACAAAAUGUCAUCUAUAGUGUACUAUCAUAGUAUGUAGUAUGUGAUAAGUAUGACUAUGUGUGUCUGUAGUAUGUGUGCUCCACUUGCUACAUGUGUGACCGUUGCACAUUUCCAACGGCUAUUGAUAAUAAUAUUAUAAAGCGAUAUUAUCACUUUGCUUCCAGAGCGUCACCAUCGUCCUGCCCAUCUUCACAUUUCUUUCCUCUCUC